CUUCCGGAUCUUAUUCAGCUUUAAUUCUUGGAUCCUCUCCAAAUCUUUUUUUUUUGUUCCGAUAGUCGAUAAUACAGAUAACGCCGACACAAAACUUAAGAACAACUCCCAACUCUCGGACAACCUUCGAACACUUCAAAAUCUUGCAAUUAUGCCGCCAAAGAGAGUCGGUGGAGGACGUUCCAACAGGGGAUUCAUUAGCUCCACCUAUGAGACUAUCACAUCUCCCGAAAAUGCUUCUGUCGUACGGAGCGUAGCAAUCUUUGGUGCUGCCGUGGCUUUUCUAGCUAGCCCUUGGAGCGAGUACCUUCUUCCACCAGUAUGAGAUAAUCGCCCGACUAAGAAUAUGACAAAACGCUGCAUUACGAAGGAUGUACGAUAUGAGGAUGGUAGUGCCAAUGAACCAUAAAGUGGUGGAUUGAUUAAUGGGAUACAUGAAUAUGAAUUGCGCCGAAUUGCAUCGAAUCGGUUAUCGGUGGGACGUUAUGAAGGCAGAUCUGGAGGAACAACAACCUCUUGACGUAUUAUACGACGAAUAAAUCCCCAUACUCUUAUUACGUGUUGACGAUUAUAUCUAUAAUCAUUUUGUGAUGUGGGUACUUACCUAGGUACCUAGUACUUGAUUCUCAUGAGAGAUGUUCUAUACAAUCAAUAUAUGAAGAAAGAUCAUGUCGCCGACUUUCUAAGACUC